UGUAUUGGACUGACUCUUGGCCCGCCAGUGUCGUCCAGAGAGUGCUUAAAGGUGGAGGGCCAAGUGUGCGGUAUUGCAAGCUUGUUGACUCUUUGAGGAAUUUGUUUCACCUGCAAUCUCGAGUGUUGCCUCACUGGCCGACACUAUGCACUUCGCAAUGCGAGUGGUCGAUUUAUUUUGAUUUUGUAUCACUGGUGGCGGUUUCAAAGACGCGGAAGUUGGAGUUGAAAAAAUGAAAGAGAACGCAAUGCAUGCGACGAAAGGCGCCCAUAUGCGGCUGGUGCUGGAUGCCAGAAUUACGGGCGUGCGGGCGGCGGUCGCACUGGCGUUGGUGCUCCUCGCGGGCGCCUCGGCGAAAGCAAGCAGUCCCUGCACGCCCUGCGGAAGCACUGUGCGUUGGAGCGAGGAAAAGCAUUCUGCCGUGGGGUUCCUCUGCCAAGAAGGCUUCCCAAGCACGCCCCUGCAACACCCCUACACCUGCCUUGUGUUCUUUGAAGUGCCGCCCACACACAACCUCACUUUCCACUUCCAUGAGAUCUACACCAGAGAUGUUUCUCUGGUCGUCUGCAACAGCACCUACCACGAGAACCGCCGGUAUGUGACCGACCUCGCCUACUGGAAGAUCAACUGCAAGGCCCUGCAGCCGGAGCAAGGCAACGCCCGCCUGCUCCUCCACGGCCACGUCUACCUCAAUGUCACCACGCUGAGGGAGGCUACGACGGAGGAUCACCGCCUCCACCACGACAAGUACCAAGGGCGCCACGGAUUCAACUUCACCUACGAGAUCUGGCGUCGGUCGGAGAAGCCGGUGGUCGAGGAUCUGCAGUACGGGAAUCUGCACGAUUGCAAUUACAAUGGCAUUCCUAUUUUGCAUCAGAUGUCGCAGAAGUACAGAUUCGCGUGCCAGUGUCCUGUGGGGGUGUCGGGCCCGCACUGCCAGUGGGGCGGAGUCUGCACCAAGGAGCACGCCGAGAGGUUGUGUGACCACCAUGGGGCGUGUAGGAACGUGGCCGGGGUGAGCGCCUGCGCCUGCGACCGGGACCACUUCGGCGCCACGUGUCAGCUGCACUUCACCAACAUCCCGACGCAGAGCAGGACGUGCCAGGGGAGAAUGGACUGUCAGCAGAACUGUCACCUGCGCGUGGCGAGGAACCUGACCUACACCUACUGUUCCUGUGGCGUUGGAUACACGGCCGUCAACGGGACCCACUGCCGGGCAACAGAGGAGUGGGUCCUGUCCGCCGCCAUGAAGAUAGGCAGAGGCCGGCACCUCUCCAUGGAAAAGAUCCGAAAUCAGACUCUGCAGAUACUGGGCAGAGGAGAUCCGAGUGGAAGAGCCGAAAAGGAUAUAAUGAAAAUCACAAUAAAAGGCAAGAAAGUUGAGGUGGAAGUAGGCCUGACCGGGAAAAACUUCAUGGAAAAAAUUAGCAAGACAGAAUUAUGGAAUCGGACAUUUCACACCCGGAGCGUCAACAUCAGUGCCAUCCCACGCCUGUCCGUUGGGCCCGUGUCAGCCGAAUUCCCCGACAGACAGAAACUGGUCCUGCGGUGUCCUGUGUACGGCGGGCCUGACCUCCACGUGACCUGGUAUAAGGACGGAAUACUUGUUUACGCUCAUCAUGUGUCUUGGUGUUACUACGAGGACAGCACCGACCUCCUGUACGUGAAAGCGGAGCCGGGCAGCGUCAAGUACAAGUGCACGCUCAUCCUCCAGAUCAGUCCCCUCGAGCAGAUGGACCGUGGCACGUACGCCUGUCAGGUGGUCGACCGACACGACACCUUGACGCGGAUGGUGGUCGUGGGCGUGAACGAGUCUCUGCGGGCGGAACUCACGCCGUUCGUCCACUCCGUCUUGCCGGGCAGCAGCAUGACUCUAAACUGCACGACGAAAAACCGUGACUGGGUUGACGGUGAUCACUACGGUGCCGAGUGGACGGUGCUGCCUCGGGACGGUUUCUCCAGCUACCAACAGGACGUCGUAUUUCGAAGCGGAUUUAGACUCCACAUCACCAACAUCACGAAACCGCUCAACGUGACCUGCCAUAUCAGGGAGAAAGAGGGCGUCAUCUACAUGCCAGGGGAAGAGGCCCUGGACGAGGCGCUGGACACGGCCGAGAUCCACGUGUUGGAGCCAGGGCGUCCAGCGUGCCAGACUGUCACGCAGGACGGAAUCACGUGGGGCCCCAUUCCGGUCGGCAGGCGGGACGUGGAGAGGUGUCCGGCGGGCCACACGGGGAGGGCUGUCCGGCUGUGUAGCCCCCUCCCCACCCCUCCCCCUCUCCCCCCUUCCUGGGAGACGCCAGACUUCUCGGAUUGUUUCUACAAGCCGCUUGUCGACAUCAGAACGCUCCUGACCCUGCACAAGCGCGGCUACGAGACCCUGAGCGGAAGCGUUGACAAACAGGCGAGGGACUUCUCACGAAUCCUGCAGGAGCGAAGGACACAGAUCCUGCAGGGCGAAAGAGCUAGUCUCUGGCAGAUCCUGGAGAUGCUGCAGGAUACUGGGAAGAGGAUGGGGUCUCUCAUCUCCCAGAAACUCUUCUUUGAAAUCGUGCAUGAAAUAAUAAAAAACUAUGAUAGUUUUACGUUGAUGGAUGUUUUCAGGAUGAAUGAACCCAUAAGGAUGUAUUUGAAAGCAGGUCUCAACGCCACCCAACCUGAAGGUCAGGUCACUCGCCUUCCCCACCUGCUUGCCAAGAGGGAGGUCGUAACAGGUCGCCAGAUGUUCGAAAUGGAGGGCUCAGAACCAAGAAGCGACACCUCUCAGGGAGCCCCGACUGUGCAGGUGAGCCUUGAAGAGACCGACGCUCUGGAGACACGCACCCUGACGCAGCCGAGAAGACAAGUCCGAGUGCCGGAUGUGAGUCUGGCGGUGGGGGUUGUCACUUAUCUGAACCCUGGACUUGUUUUUGACUAUGACUGGAAGGUGCGCGAAGGACCAGUGAAACUAGCUGGGUACCUCGUGGAGAUCGUGUGGGGUCUGAGUGAGGCCUCUGGCAAGAAUUUAUCGUCAUCAGAAGUACUUUCACGCAGAGAAGCACCUCCCGACGGCGGCGCCUCGGACAAGGUUCAUGGAUUUUCUUCUGUCUUGCGGCUCCACUACCCUGUUUGUCCUCAAGUAAAGGAAUGGCAGCUCAAGUGCGGACAGCCCCUACACAACGACACAGACAUCAAGUGGGACUUCGGUAUGUGUUCAGUCGAUAGCGGAGGAGGUGAAAGUGGAUGUGUCUGCAAGUGCCGCGGCGAGGGACUGUUCGGUCUCGUACUUGUCAACGGAACGGACAAGAGAGUGACGGAGGAAACACCAGAUCCAACAUGGCAGAAGAACUACGUGACGGGUAUCGGCAGCUGCGCUUCUUUUCUGCUUCUCCUGCUGUGCCUCAUGCUGCAGCUGCCCAGGUCGUGCGAUUCCUCCGUGCAGCUGCGGGUGGUCAAGUGCGCGGCGCUGAUGGGCGCGAAUGGGGUGUUCGCCGCCCUCGCCCUCUGGCCGGUCGAUAAGAGCGAGUACCUGGUGGUGCUGGUGGCCUGUGCCGUCUGCUUCGUCCUGUGUCUGGCGGCGGGAGUGAGCCAGCAGAUGCUCCUCCACCAGCGCCUCUCCCUCACCCCCCACGACCCAGGUCUUCCGCACACCUGCAUUAGUAACACCAUGAUCUUCUUCUUGACGAUGGUGGUUGGACUGCUGCUCUGGGUGGUACACAGCGUGACCCAGUACCAGCUUGGCACUCCCUGGCUCACGUUGGGUCCUGCAUGGCCCCUCACGGCACUACUCAUGGCCAUUCUUGUGGCGCUCACGUUCCUUUGGGUCAUCGUGGCAGUCCACAAUGUGUACCAGCUCACGGUGCUGAAGGAAGAGGCUUCUCACUACAUCCUCAUACGUGACAGGUUGUGGCAUCAGGUGCUGCUUCUGGUGGGGGAGUGGGUGCUGGUGGUGACAAGCGCUGUGUACAGUCACCCAAUCGGCCGAUAUUUCUUCUGCUUCGCUACGCUUAUGCAGAGCUUCCUCAUGAUAAUCAUGUACACUUGCAAGGAUAAUGACGUUACUGCUAUGUGCAAGUGUAAGCGCAUGUGCUGCCCUUCUGUGGGCCCUUGCCGGAAAUCUUCUCAAAGUGAGAAUGGAUGCAGUAGCCAUAUGUCGUAUCACCUCACAACCACCACGACGCCAAGUGAGAGGGAAGGCAACUUCAAGUAUUACAAGGAUGACAUACCCUCUGAUUCCUUCGAGAAAGAUGUGUUUAGUGCAAAGAAAAUCCUGUAUGCCAGUGACUCCAUUCUCCCUCCCGGACCAGGUCAUCCUCGCUUUGGGACGCAGAGCAGAAUGCCUCUUUACAUGCGUCGCAACAGCCGUGAAGGACAUGGUCUGCCGAUUCCAAGAAACACCUUGCUUAUCCGUGGAGUAGACCUGCUCAGAGGUGAGGACACAGACCCGCAUGACAGCCGCUUGCGAGCCGCAGAGAGGCUGUCCGAUCGCAAGCGAAAUAUCCUGUUAGCUGGUCAGCAUACCACUAAGCGAGAUCCAUCUUUGGAAAUGCUUCGAAUCCAAAGGUGCCCAGGGACCAGUCAGGAUCCCGACGGGAGGUAUCUGGAUAUGUCGGUGCCACAGCAUAAGAUCAACGCAGAGGGGAACUUGAAUAAACAUGGCUGUGCGAAUAUUAAAAAGGAAGUACUUGGAUCAGCUGGCAACAACGUGAUUCACAAGCAAAAUGGCUUCCGACAGGCAGCCAUCGCACGCAAAAAUAUUUACCAAAAUAGCAACAGUCAGUCAUCAAAAGACGAGACUAGUAGUAAUACCCACCACUACCUUCCCAUGAAGGUAAAUUCUCACGUAAUCAUUGCGAAACAUCGAGCGUUAGGGCAGCAAAUAGAACCAAAUAUUUCUGUAAGCAGACUCAGUGAUCCAAGAGGAAUCAGCUCCCACACACACUCUCACGCUGAGUACAUGUUGUCAGAUCACUGAUCCUCUGCUGCUCCUCACAAGGUCCCUCCUCCAUGAGAACCCUAAGGGAAUGCAUUGGGGUUUUGUGUCUGAACAGAGAACUAUAAAGGAUGCCAUUGACUGAAUGAUGCUCGGAAUGCUUUAUUCCGAUGACGUUAAUUGUCAUCAGAAUAUAAAGUAACUAUUUAGUGUAAAUACAAUGUAUAAUUGUUAGUAUUUAUGGAUUUUUAUACAUUUACUAUUAGUGAGAAAGAAAAUAUUCGAUUGUUAUUAAUGUAGAAAGAGUGUACAAAUUGUUAGUCUAGUUUGUAUAUAUUUAAACAAAUGAUAUUGUAUAUAGGCUGAAAAUAUUGUGUAAUACUCCAACAGUAGCAUCGGUUCACGGAUGUGUGAAUACUGUCUUAUCCAUUAGGAUUGUUUAUCAGUGAAUGAUAUGGUAGCAUGAUACUUCACUACCCUUAAGAAACAUUAUAUGCAAGGAUGUUCAGUGUAAUAACAAUACACUGUCUUGAUACAUCGUGGAACUGUAUCUUUCUUAAAUUUGUGCUUGUUUCAGCAUGUCCAUAUAGAUCCUAAGGCUGAAGAAAAAAUUCGAUUAAUUUGAGAAAGUAUGAUUUGUCCAAGUGUUGAUGCGAUGGAAUUUCUCAAAUUGCCAGUCCUUGUUUAGUAUGGAAGCUAGACGUAGAAGCAAGCCAUAUAUGCUUUCAUGCUUUGUGUACAUACUGUUCAUAUCAAAUGUUAUCACCCGUAAGCAGAACAUGUCUGAACUGCUUUCAGAAGCAUUAAAUCCACGAUACAUGUUAAUCUUUCCAGGGUUUUGAUUAAAGUGUUAUUUUGAAUUUUGUUCGUGUUUCCUAACGUAACUUUAUUGUACAUUUUGCUCCUUUGUGAUGACCGUACUGUAUUCAGUCAAAUGGUGCCAUAAUGUUAAUAUUAGUUUUCCUAAAAACUUAAUGAAUUGUUUGGUUGUGUGUGCGUUGAAUGUUAUUAAAUGUUGCUGCAUAUCG